AUGGCUCGAACUGACUCCACCAAUUCCGAUCAAGACACCAAUCAAAACCAAAACCAAAACACCAAUUCAACAGCCUCAAACCAUCACUCAAUCCAUCUUGAUCCAUCACAGCCCAGCAGCCCAUACUUCAUCAGCACCAACGACCACUCUGGAGCUUUACUCGUCACGCAAGUAUUGGACUCCAGCAAUUAUCAUCCCUGGGCAAGAUCAAUGAAGCGUGCCUUGCGUAUUAAGAACAAGCUGGGUUUCAUCGAUGGCAGCAUUCGUGAGCCAAUUGAUCCUGACAGUUCCUUGAUGGAUCAUUGUCUUCGUUGCAAUGACAUUGUUAUUACUUGGCUGCAAAACUCCAUGUCAGUUGACAUCAAAUGCAGCACCCUGUAUGCAGAAACGGCACACCAGCUGUGGGUUGAACUCGAGCAUCGUCUUGCACAGCAAAAUGCCCCAAGGAUUUACGAAAACAAACAAGGAAUUGCUGCCCUGAUGCAGCAACAAGAUUCGGUGAGUUGUUAUUUCUCCAAGCUGAAAAUACUUCUCGAUGAACUGAUGAACUAUGAAUCCAUCCCUAGCUGUAGUUGUGGUGGCUUGAAAAAAGUGAUCGAAAAUCAAAUGAAAUUCCUAAUGGGACUCAAUGACUCCUACAAAGGUUUGAAGGCACAGAUAUUGCUCAUUAAACCUUUCCCCAAUUUGAAUGAGGUUUAUUCAAUCAUCCAACAGGAAGAGAAGCGUAGAGAGAUAUCUUUUGACCCUUCUCUCAUAGAACCUCUUGCUCUCCUGGUCAAGGAUAACACCAGACAGCUCACGCCUCAAAAAAGCUCUCAGAGACGUGACAAAUACUAUUGUUCUCAUUGCAAAAUUCAUGGUAGAACUCCACCUAUUGGCUCGUAUGCCCAUCAGGUUUCAGCAUCUCCUCUACCUAUUCCAGAACAAGGAACUCAUGGAGGUCAAAGCACUAUAACUCAAGAGCAAUAUCAAGAACUAAUGGCCAUACUCAGACAGACCAAUCCGGCCUCGGUGCAUUCUGUUCAAACUACCAUAGCUUCUCCUCCUGAUGCACACAUUCCUCAGUUCUCUGGUAUACCUCUCUGUCUCUCAGCUUACACAAGCAAACCCAAAGACAUUUCAGCUGUUCCCUGGAUAAUUGACACGGGUGCAACAGAUCAUAUGGUCUGUGCAACCUGUUUCUUCACUUCCAAAACAGCUGAAGUCUCCUACUCUGUAACCUUGCCUAAUGGAGAAGCUGUCACUGUGACCCACAUUGGCACAGUGAGACCAACAAAAGACCUUAUUCUUCACAAUGUCCUGUGUGUUCCAUCCUUUUCUUUCAAUCUCAUCUCUGCCAGAAAAUUAGCUCACACCUUGAAGUGUUGUCUUAUUUUCUUAUCUAAAAAUUGUUUUAUUCAGGACCUUUUGACUUAG